GAACAGCGCUUGGGCAGUUGCGGAGUGCCGAACUGACAUGAUAACUGUUAUUAAUUGUCAUUAAACCUUUGAGAAGUGACAUUAAACCUUGGUGAACGUUUUGAUCACGUCGAUCGGCUUUGCAAGGCCUGAGAACGCGAAUUAUUCGCGAGAGUUAGUUUUUCCCGCAUUGUGUUUCUCACGAAAGUGUCUUUCCACGACAUGGGAACUAGAAACGCGACGCCGCAAGCUGGCGAUAUUCUAUCGUCAUGUGCAACGCCUUUUCCCGGAUCGCGAAUAUGUACACUCGUCACUCUUGGAAAAAAUGGAUUGCUGUACGCGCCUUCUGACGCGGACGUGGCGCACCUCGAGGCCAGCUUUAUCGGACCGGAUUUACGGGAUUUGGACAAUAGCCUCUUGCGCACUGGCGGAAACGAGGAAGAGGAGAGAAAAGCUCUACUCGAGCGCAUGAGGGCUCACGACCUGAUUCUCAAUCGAAUCGAAAAUCAGCAGUCGAUCGAUACUCCAGGAGGCGAGUUUCACACCGCCACGAACAUAGGCGAAGACAAGAUCUGCGGUGACAGUGACAAUCAGGUAACAUCGUUCGGCUUUGAGAGCUCGGCGCGGAAAGAGGCCAACCAGACGCAAGAAGGUUAUUUCGAUCCUGGUGGAGACCGCGAUUUCGUCGCCGAAGACGAUGAAGACGACGCGGAUCUAUUAUGUGAUUUUGCCCCUGGAGCCUUGCAAGCAGAUGGUUCAGUGGGCCUUAUGGAUUCUGAAGGCACCCACGUUCUGCUUCCGCCGACACCUGCACCUCGCGCCCAGUCAUCAUACAAAAUGACAAGACGACCUACAGCGUUACAGCGUAGAGCUAUGAUACUGGGACGGGCGCAAUUCGCCAGGCAAAGACAAGAGGCACACGUUUUGUCCCGACAGUUUGACCUGAACGGCAGCGGUUGGGACGACCGAGAGCAGUGCCUAUCAGACAACUGGCACCCCACAGACAGCUCGGACAGUUCCAUCACUUCUCUCAGACAGCAGUAUCACCAGGUGUUCGGCAAGGAGACCUCGUCAAACAACAGACAAUGGCUGCUCAAACGGCUCGCGAGUUCGCACUUCGGCAAUAACAGUGGUGGUGAAAUUGACUUGUCUGCAGGUGACAACUCAGGAAACGGGACGGGUAGUAACCUAGAGGAGUACACUGGCUCCGAUGAAAUUGCUGCUACACAUCAUUACAAUUCCAUAGGCAAUGGAUGGGAAAAUAUGUUUGCAAAACAUUCAGGGACAGGGUGUACUGGACGGAAACAGGCUGUAAAUAAAACUCAUGGCACCGAGAAGUUGGUGACGAAUCUCAGCGAGCUUUCUCCUGUGGCUGUCACACUUCAGGUCCCUGGGUAUGAUCUCCAGGCCAAGACGAGAGGCAAUCAUCAGAGUUCGAAACGCGGACGAAAUACUAAUUCGCACAGUGCUGAGGGAGGAACGGCCAAGACUGGUGGUUCAUCAGCUGGGAAAAAGAGCAAGAAGUGUAAGCUUCCAGAGUUGGGUGAUCAUUCCGCAAGUGAGCAGCCUGUGAAGAGCUGCAAAAACAGCCACCAAGUGCCGCAACGUAAGCUUUUUACAUCGCGGAAAAUAUCAGGCGGUGAUCGCCGUGGAAAUGUUGGUGCGAGUGGAAGAAGAAGCAAGCAUCACAACCCUUGGGCGUUGGAGGAGGCGGUGGCACUAGUCGAUGGUGUCGCAAAGUGUGGUGGAGGUAAGUGGGCGGACAUAAAGAAACUUGGAUACCAAGCCAUUGAGCAUCGAACCGCAGUCGACCUCAAGGAUAAGUGGCGCAAUCUUCUUCGCAUCGCCAUGCUGCCACACCAACCCUUAAAAACUGCCGGUGAUAAGAAGCGUGAGAUUCCCGCGGAUUUGCUGACGCGAGUACGCGACCUUGCUUCAAAGCAAGGAAAAAAGGCAGCACAGGACGGGCGGGUCCGAUCAGGCAGCCACUAAAAAUAAAAAAAGAUUGAAGGGUUCACCUCACUCAGUAAAUAUGGGCUGGCACAACAAAUCGGUGAUGAACAUGUAUGAUCAUUUUUGUUUUAUCCUCUUGGAUGGUUCCUGCCUGUGAGCUUCAAUAGACUGUUACAGGUCGCCUCGGAGAGCCAGAAGUUGGUCCUUUUCCUUUUUUUCGGGUUAUACAAGAGGGCGACUGGACGAGGUUGGACUAAUUGUACCGGCCAUUAUUGGCGGCAAAAGAUCCGACCCACGGUCCUCUCAUCCGUAAUAUUGUAUUUUAAUAUCAUAUUAUCGUAUCAAUUGAGAUU